AGGCAAUCAAUUAGUAGAUAUCACGACGACUAGAUUAUUGCCUUCACUGAAAUCACUCAAUUAGUAAUCAAAGUACCUCCCCAGCCAUAAUUCGUUUCACCGUGGAACUGUGUCAAUUUCCCCGUUUAAAGCUUUGAUUCGGUCGUCAAAUUUUCGGACAGCAGAUUAGGGAAGAUUUAUUACUCUACCGUUGUCAGAUUGUGACAGUCAUAAAUCGGCGUACUUUUUUUUCGUUUGAAGAUAGCGUUGUCGCGUGUGCAAAGCUGGAAAAAGGCAGUGCGUUUGAAUGAAGGACACUUGGUUUUAAAUUGAAUGACAUCGAGUUAGGGUAUUCCCACUCUCUCGCUCUCUAAACUGUGCUUGGAACAUUGCGUGAAAAAAAAAAGCGAACAUGAAAUUUUCACGAUGUCAUCCCGCGCUUGAAGAGUGAGUGAAUUGGAAAUUGGAAGGGACAUUAGGAGAAGGAGGAGAAGUGUCUCAGGAGUGGAAUCUGUUGCGCCUAGGUUGAAGAAAAUACGCAAUAACUAGCCGAGAGUCGGUAGAACAAGAAUAAUGCCUCCCCCACUGAAGCAACUCGAACUGUCAGUGGAAGAAGAGGAUCAACAGGCUGCUGCUGAAGUGGACUUUCCGGAAUUCGAUAAAAGCCCUGCCUUUAUCCACGUGCUGCUCCUGAACAAAACCAUCCGCCUGUUUGUGGUACUGGGCUUAGCAGCAAUCGUUAUCCCAGCCUUCGCCUAUCUGUUCUUUUUCUCACAGGAAAUUGGCCAUGCUCCCAAGCAGCAACUGGUAGGGACUUGUGGCCACCCAACGCUCUAUCACAUCCAGUGCGGCUUCACUAACAUAUCCCAGAACGAGUGCCACCGGCUGGGCUGUUGCUACACGAGUCUCUCCACAUGCUACCACUCGCUGCCCUCGGAGCACCAGUUCCGUCUGGAUGGAGGAGAAUGGCACGACGGCGCUCAACUUUCGCCCACCAGGAAUCUUACGCCGUACCUCAAGUCCUCGGUGCCGAAAAUUCGCGCCCAUCUGACCGCCGUCAACGGGACCCGUUUGCAACUUUCGCUAUCGACCGUUUCCGAGGAAACGCCGCGCCAGCAUCCAACCGAGCAGCAAAUAAACCUGAUUGAAACCGACCAACUCCAGGCUCGCGUCUACAGUCCAACGUUUUUCGUGGAAGUGAAACGCAAAUCCAACGCCGAAAUUGUUUUCUCCACGGCACGGGGCCCCCUGGUGGUGUCGGAGGGCUUCCUCGAGUGGACCCUCCAUCUGGGGGUGGACAUUCUGUUUGGACUGGGCGAAGCCGUGCUCGAACCGGGCCGGAAAUAUCUGCUGCUGAAUAAUCAGAACGCGUCGGCCGUGCCGGUCGUUAUGGGAUACAGUGAGUAUAUAUUGGAGAGGGCGAUAGGGCCAAGGUCUGUGCCUACCUGGAACUAUUUCGAGCUGGUUUCGGUGGCAAUAGCGUAUCAAAAAGGGAGCAUGUACGUAACAAUUUGGUCAUUUUUAGUGCACUACAAUUGA